CGCACCGGCCCGGUGCGGAAGGCAACUCCGCAAGCAGUCCCGGUCGGCAGCAGUGAACCGAGCAGAAGAGGAAGAGGGAGCACGCCCGCCGCCCCCGCCCCCGCCCGUGCCGAGUCGAGGCUGCCUCCUCCGUCGCGGCGCGCCGAAGAUGAGCCUCUCCCAUCGUCUCCCCCACGCGGCGGCGGCGGCGGUGGACCCCUACUACGUGUAUGCGCCGCACCCGGACCCGCAGCGGCAGGGCGUGCUCACGCUCUUCGUCGCGGGGCUCCCCGACGACGUGAAGCCCCGCGAGAUCCACAACCUCUUCUCCCACCGCCCCGCCUUCGACCACUGCCUCCUCGAGUACACCGGCCGCGCCAACCAGGUGGUUGCUUUUGUGACGUUCUUCACCCAUGAGGCGGCCCUGUCGGCAAUGACUUCCUUAAAUGGAACAAUUUUUGAUCCGGAGACUGGUUACCGUUUGCACAUUGAGCUAGCUAAAUCAACUUCACGUAGACCUCGUGGAGGUGGCGAAGUCUACCGAGUUAUUGACAAACGGACUAACAAAACAGAAGGAAAUGCUGAUGAGAAUGUCGGUGAUGAAGUUGACGAGGAAGUAUGGGGGGGAGACGAGGAUGGAGCCAAUGAUGAUAAUGGUGAUGGAGAAUCAGAUGAGCCAUCAGGCACAGAAAAUGAAAAUUCCAGUGAUAAGAAUGAAUUGCCUGCGGAUCAGAGUGAUCAACCAAGGCACAAGAAGCAGAAUGGGAAAUCUCUCUCAAAUGAUGGACGAGAUAAAUCUUCGAAUGAUAUACCACCUUGCUCUACUCUCUUUAUUGCAAAUUUGGGGGACACAUGCACAAAGGACGAACUAAAUGAAGUUUUAUCCAAGGAACCUGGGUUUGAUGUCCUUAAAAUGCGUCGCCGUGGUGGAAUGCCUGUUGCUUUUGCUGAUUUUACGGAUAUUGAAUCGUCUACAGCUGCUAUGAACAGCCUCCAAGGCACUGUAUUGGCUUCUUCUGAUAGCGAUGGAUUGCACAUUGAGUAUGCAAGGUCAAAGAUGAGGAAAAGCUAAGCUGCUGGACCGUAAAUCUCCUGUCUUCCUGAAGGUAUCAGUAGGCAUACCUGCACAUGUAACUGCAUGUAGCUUGCUUAGUUGCUUUAUUAAUCCAAGCAAGAGAAUCGAGAACGGUGCUAAUUGUCCUCUAUAGCAUUGUAAAAUACAGAGUAUUUACCUGUAUAGAAACAUCCCUGUUUGGAAACUGCUAUCAUCAGGCAUGAUGUCUACGGCACCUUAAAAUAGAAUUUUACGUGGAUCCAACAUGGGGUCAGAAUUCAGGUCUCUGCCUAUGAUGAAGGGAAGUCAAAAUGUUGCACUGUCUCGACAGAAGACAGUUGGUGAUCAA